CUACGAGGACCGCAGAUACGACUCGGGUUGUCGAGAGGACAACUGCAGGCGCGCCGAGCCCCUGGGUUAGGCCGGUUACGAUGACGUGUCCAACUUUGGCGAGAGGGAAGGCGUUGGAUGAGGUUUUACAAGGCACUGAGGACGAGGCGAAUCGGUAAGGAAUAUUGGUAUUGUAUCGAUGCUGCUCGAGAAGCUAAGAUACUGCGUGUCGGUAUGUGGCGUUGGAAGCUGGUGUAAAUGUAACGUUGCUGAGGGGCAACCUAAAAUAUGCCAACAUGGCCUGCUUGCUCAAUGCGGGUACAGGCUGUGCGACUGUAGUCAUCUCUGUGGUGGGGGUGGACGUAUCUUGGAGGAGGAACCAAAGCCAUUAUUACGUUAUGAGGGAUCAGUUCAAUUUCAAGUAGAAGAUCUCCACGAAGCUCAAGCAGUGCUGGACGUUAUUCGAUAUAACCUUAGCGGUCUCGACAGUGAAAUCAACUUGCUCACAGAGGGAGGGCUCAUGAAUCCUGCUAAGGUACCGGUUAUCGAGGUAUUGGACCCAUCAAAACCCCUGACGAUGAACCCAGACUUCCUCACCACUAUUACGGCGACUAUUUACUUGGAGGUGUUGCCGCAAUGGAGACCUUCUAUUAUGGAAGCUCCUUUGUCGGUCGCGGUAAAGACCUUCUUUCGAACACGACUGGUGGACCCCGAAGUGGCGAUACGGUUAAGUGUUGAGAUAAAAGUUGAAGUUAAUAACACAACCCCGCGACUGAUGACGGAGAUGCUCGUCGAUCAAGAGUCUUUUUUGGAGGCUGUGCGCCUCGCUUUGGGUCCUGGUGUGUCCGUUGGUCAUUCUAUGCCGAGCCUGCUGGAGUUCGGCGCUGAUAGUUCGAAUGAGCAGUCCCCAUUCCCAGAAGGAAACACUGCUAUGAAGAAGUCAACAUUUACCAUUCUCUUGUGUGUUAUAUUGACGGCCUCGACUUUGGGGACAGCUGUUGGCUGUUGUGUCAUUUUCAAGAUUGUUAAGGAGUACAGGCGUACUGGUGUGCCGAGGGAUUUCGAGUUGGGCAAGGCGGGCGAAAUAGCAAGCUCGAGAGCAGACGAAGAUACAGCUUUCACGUCUAUCAGUUGUGGCGCAAUGCCGUCCAGAUCGAUCACGAUGUCGGACGGAUCAUUCGAAGAUCACGUCCAAGCUGCACCGAGCUCGUUCACAGCUUACCAUUGAUCGCUCGAGGUCGUCGUCGUCGGCGGGGGUGCAGCGGCUCUGGACAACAGUGAAAUUCAUUCAUUAUCAUUGUUAUCGUUUGUUUUUUGACUCUUUCUUAUGUAAUUCAAU